AUGUCGCCGCCCCCAUCUGAAAAAAAGGCUUCUCCGGCCAAACGGACACCAAGGAAACCUGCAGCUCGUGGCAAGUGGAGUGAGGAGAAGCUGUUGACGAGCGACAAGUCUGUUCUCAUUUAUGAAGACCUCGUGAAGCUCUUAUCGAAACCCGAAGCAUGGAACUUGCUCGAUGAAGAUGAGAAGCGCGAGAUCCUAGCUCUUCUCCCCGCAGAUAUCCACCCGGAUGCGGACCUGUCACUGACAGAUUCAGAAUAUCGAAUCCCACCACUCCCACAGCAAUUCAUUCGAUACUCGACUAAUUGGCGGGAGGGUCUCCGUGUCUUCCAACUCGAUCUGGAAAACGGUCGCUACGAUCCCCAAUGGCUGCGCCAGGCCGAAAAUGCCAGGCGCGAGCGCGAGAAUGGCGAUUUCGACAAAUUUAAAGAAAGGGAGUUUGAGGAAUUUUGGGGACAGAAACAAAGGAUGGACAUGACGGCCGCCGCUGGCGAACAUGGUCGCAUACGGCUGCGUGAGCUCGUUGCGGCCGGCGUCAUUCAGCUUGGUGAUGUGUGGCGAUUCAACUUUGUCUUCGGCAGGGGGGAAAAUCGACUGGUUAUCGAUAAGGAAGCUCGGGUCCACGAGAUCAACGGUACUCUGUUGUCAUUCGUGGUUGCUACUGGCCCGCGUACUAUCCUUACCAGUGUCCAUGGUGAAAUACUAGACGGCGCAGCACAAGAGACUACGGAACCAAACCAGAGCACGGAGGCAAAGCAAGAAGAUGUCAAAACUGACCUUCCAGAAAACGCCAGCCCCCUUGAAAGUGCCGAGCCUACUUUCCAGACAAGUAAUUUGGACUUGAAUGAAAAGACAGCCCAAGUUACCGUAACGCCCUCCGAGCAGAACAGUGGAAAUGGCUCAAAAGUCCCAAAUCAUAUUGUGAACGAGAAGCCUUCAAUUACAAUCACAACAACUGAGGAGAUUGAGAUGAAAGAGAGCGGCGAGAACAGCCCACGAAAGUCGAGUAUUUCUCCCCACGACUCUCCCAGGGAUAGAAAAAGUAGCCUGCAGGUCUUGAUUGUGAGCCCAAGAAAAAACGCAAAUUCAGCAGGGGGGAAGGCCAAACGAACAGUGCCUUCUCCUGCGCCAGAGCCUCCUGCGAAGCGCAAGCGAUGCCGACCCCGCGAGCAUCCAAUACAACCGAAGCCUGAGCCUGAAAAAGAAGCUGAAGCUGAACUUCAAACCGAAAGUUCAAGCCAGCCAGGGCCUGCAACACAGCUAACGGAAUCUGAACGGGCUAAACCUGACCUCAUUAUAUCUUCGCCAAAGAAAAUACUUACACCCACAAAGCUCACUAAUUUCUCCACGCCCACACCUCCCAAGGAAGCUCAGAGACCGGUAGACUUCCCAAAUACCAAGAAAGCAACCAUUCAAGACAAGCCUACCGAAACCCCUGGAUUCGAAGCACCAGAGGACCUAUCACCCCCUACAUCCGAACAGGAGCCUCAAUCAGCUUCCAAGCCCAAACCUAUGGUUCCAGUCACACCUUACGGACCGAACGAGGUCGUUGUCUCUGGCAUCAGGACCCCUGCAAAUCUAGUCACAUACCUCCUCCAAAUCGAUGGCCGACCCAAAGAAGGCGCACGCACGGCAAAUGCAUGGAAGGAGAUCCGCUGCUAUCGAAAGAACCAAGAUAUGGGUAGUCUUUUCGAGGUACGACAGACCUGGUACUUCAAGCAAAAGAGAAAUGGAAAUGUCCAGGAGCAAGAACAGGAGCAAGAGCAGGAUUCGGACUCGGACUCGGAUUGGAAAGACUAG